UUUGCCCAAAGUGGAUGCCUUUCUGUUUUAGUUUCAGGGGCCUUUUUCCAGACACCCUUAAAAAGGUGGGGCUGGGAGAGGUUCAUAGCCCCAGAGGGAAGGAAGGUCGACAUCGAAAGCCUUGCCCACCGGAACCCACUGCUUUCCCUGGGGCACUGUUUUUGGCUUUCUCAGGCGAGGUGGCAUUUUGGAUGGCUUCAGGGGGGCAAGAACCCUGGCAAACUGCCCCAUCUGAUGGAGGAUCAGCAAUGUCCGACAGCAUCUUCAAUCCUUCGAAUCGGAAACGGCUCCUUAUUGGAUUCAUUAAGACCCUUUGGCAGGAAUACAAAGCCUCAGAGUUAACACACAGGGAAGACUUGCCAGUGGAAGAGGAUGUCCCAGAUGAUGUCCAAGUCACUUCACUGCAAGAUUGCAUGCUACGCAUAUUGCAGGAUCUCCGUAGUAAUGCAGAGAUCCCCAGCAUGGUAGAAAGCAUCAGUGGUGAAGACCCUCUGAAAGCCUUGGCUGAUGUGUCUGAGUCGAUGUUUGCUAAUGGGAUCAACUGGGGUCGGAUUGUUGUCUUUUUCUACUUUUCCUACAAAGUUAUCGCCCAGUCCAGUUUGUUGGAUACUGUGGUGGACUGGGCCAUGAACUUCUUAAAGGGAUAUCUGGCUGACUGGAUCCAGAAGAAGGGGGGCUGGAUUUCUAUGCUAAGUUACUCUCCAUCUUCAGAAUAGAAACAUGAAGGAAGAAGAUGGAACACCAUUGGCACUGCCACCAAAUGCACUUGGAGUCAAAAAUGAAAAAGACUUUGGCUCCUUCUUGGCAGGAUUCGGCCCUAACUAAAAUAAUAGGGAAGUGAGGUGAAAAGAAAUACAUCAGAUGUUGGAUUACAACUUCCAUGUUCCUUUACUAUUAACUAUACUUGCUGGGAGCUACAAUUCAGCAGCAUCUGUAGAGUUGCACUUUACCCUAACUGACCUAACUCAUGUCAAAUUUAAGAGGCCCCACAGCAUCACCUGUCAAAAUAUGUAGUAUUAUAACUUGUUAUUUAGAAACCUCUCAUAAUCAGGGGCCCUAAUUUGUAGUUUUCUUAGUUUGUGUAUUAAUCCAGUACUACAGUACUUGCUAAGAAAUCUUAAACCAGUCAGUAUCUUUCAAUCAAUCAAAAUGUUGUUGCAAGGUUCAUGUGGGGGAAAAAAUCACUCCUACCAUCCAAAACUGAUUGGCAGGAAAGGUGAGAUAUAAAGUUAAUAAAUUCAUUUUUAAGUAACACAAUUAAUCAAUUAUUUCUGGCAAGCCCUGUGUUCCAUUUCAAGAGCAGUUAUAUGACCUUUUAAUAAACCAUUUCUGAUAA